GAUCUAGAUCAUAUAUCGCAUGCAAUCUAGAUCAGUAGAUCCAGUUUCUAACUGCUAAUCUAGAUUUUUUAUUCGGAUCUAGUCUAGAUCUACGAUCUAUUCUAAAAGUUUAGAUCUACAUGAGUUGAGAGUUACCUAUCAAUUUAGGCCAGCGUAGCUUGCGGCCAUCACCACAGAAAAAAACAAUACUUAAAAACAUCGUUGUGUCUAAUGGACCUCAUUCACCAAUCUCUCCUGCUCCAUCCGACAGACUUAGCCAUGAAGUUAGGCCUAGUGCUACAAACCUGUGCCGAGUGCUGGAGACGCCACUGCUCGUGUUUAAAGAGGAAACUCAUCAGUACUAAGUGGCUGGGCCCAGCCCCUAAAAGCAAGUGCUGUGGGAGCGAAGGCUACUGCAACUUCUACUAUGGAGACGGCAAACGGAAGUCCCAAUGCUGGUUCCCUGAUGUUAAUCCAAGUACUGAAAGAGCAAUGGGCGCAGGUAUUAUUCUGGUAACUGUCGCAACUUUAUGCGGACUGCUUUGGUCAUCUAUGUCACCUGUAAGUCUUGACAGAUCAAAGGACUCUUAUGCUAGAAGUGUGAGCCACAAUUACAGUCGUUAAACCGAAUCGCGCCAGUGAUUUUUUGUCUCAUUACUGCUGAAGAAUUAUUAUUAUUUUAAAAUUUAAAUCCCAUUAAUAAAAAUAUUAAUAAAUUUUGUAAUACAUAAUAUUAUAAUUUUUACAGGCUUUUUGUAGUGAGCUUGAAUAUAUAAGGAACUCAGGGUAUUUGAAUUGCAUUGUUUUCACAAAUAAAUAAUUUGUUCAUUCUUCA